GAUUUACUUUCAAUUGGCAUCUUAGUCUCCAAAAGAAAUGUUGGGAGUAUUUCUCCUUGCAGUUUUAGUGGCUACAAUCGUAGCUUCGAUUUUCCAUUAUGUGGGCGAAAGAAAAGGCCAAAAGGGACAGAAGGAGAAGUUCAUCCUAGGGAUCUACAAAGUGAAGGGAAAAUGGUACUACCUCAAAUAUGCCGCUUUUCGACUUCUCCUGCUAAUGAGAAAGUUAAAUAAUAUGAGACUUGAAACUAAAUUUGGUAAGACGACGAACUAUGAGUCAAUUGAAAAACCACAGACGCUAUCUGACCAUCCGAAGGCGUUCGACGCCGUUUUCUUUGUCGCUGCAAAUCGCAACGGGUUCUACAUGGCAACAGGUUGCGAGGCGCGAAAGGAUGGAAACGCCAAUGCCCUGUGCUAUCUCAUGGUUCCGGGAAAAGGUCUUCUUUGCAGCGAGGCGCUUCCAAGCACUAACCUGAAAAUGGACUCCGAGAAAUUUGCAGAGGGCGAGUACCAGGCUGGAGGGGUGAAUUUCAAAAUGAUCACUCCGAUGAGCCAGUGGAAAAUCGGGUACAGGGGAAAAAUGUACCUUUGCGAUGACAAGUCACAGGAGUUUGAUGUGGAUUUUAGUGGCACGUGGUCCUCCCACCUGCCACAUUUUGACUACGAGCACGACUUGCACCCUGCGACCCUGGCGCGCGCCAUAGCCACCGAAGACUGGAGCGCAGAAUAUUUUGAAAAUUUAAAAGAAGCGCAUCAGACGCACUACGAGCAAUUAGGACAACUACAGGGAAAGCUGACUAUCAAUAAUGAGGAGACAAUCAGUAUCAACUCACAUUCUUUCAGGGACCACAGUUUUGGCAAAAAACGCGACUGGACUCUAAUGCACCGCUACGGUUUCCACAUUUUGUUUUUCAAGGAUGGCAGCAAACUGGUCGUGGCCGUGAUUUGCCAGCCAUGCACCUCAUCUCGGUUAGAGGCAGGUUACUACUGCAGUCCGAAAGGUGAAAUUGAGGCGAUAGAAAAAGUGGAUUUGGAGCUGUAUCGGCACGGCGAGGGCGGCACCCCGCCAACUGAUUACGCGUUCCACUACAAAGCCGGUGGUCGAACUCGACUAUUGCAGGUGAAGGUGAUUGCCAGCAGCGAACACUUGGUCAGCGAGACGAGGAUGGUGGAGCGCUUCGUCGAGGUUUUCAGCGACGGCUUGCAGGGAUGGGGUGUUUCUGAGUGGAAUUACAAACAAAAAGAGUUCCAAUAAAAAAAAUUUAUAUUUUAUUGAAAAAUAAAAUCAGUCUGUUU